UCGUCUCUGACUCCGACGUCAUCGUCCUCCUCGUCUCCGUCCUCCUCGUCUCUGACUCCGACGUCAUCGUCCUCCUCGUCUCUGACUCCGACGUCAUCGUCCUCCUCGUCUCUGACUCCGACGACAUCGUCCUCCUCGUGUUUGACUCCGACGUCAUCGCCCUCCUCGUCUCUGACUCCGACGUCAUCCUCCUCCUCGUCUCUGACUCCGACGACAUCGUCCACCUCGUCUCUGACUCCGACGUCAUCGUCCUCCUCGUCUCUGACUCCGACGACAUCGUCCACCUCGUCUCUGACUCCGACGACAUCGUCCUCCUCGUCUCUGACUCCGACGACAUCGUCCACCUCGUCUCUGACUCCGACGUCAUCGCCCUCCUCGUCUCUGACUCCGACGUCAUCGUCCUCCUCGUCUCUGACUCCGACGACAUCGUCCUCCUCGUCUGUGACUCCGACGACAUCGUCCUCCUCGUCUUUGACUCCGACGUCAUCGUCCUCCUCGUCUCUGACUCCGACGACAUCGUCCUCCUCGUCUCCGACUCCGACGACAUCGUCCUCCUCGUCUCCGACUCCGACGACGUCAUCGUCCUCCUCGUCUCUGACUCCGACGACAUCGUCCUCCUCGUCUCUGACUCCGACGUCAUCGUCCUCCUCGUCUCUGACUCCGGCGUCAUCGUCCUCCUCGUCUCUGACUCCGACGACAUCGUCCUUUUCGUCUCUGACUCCAACGACAUCGUCCUCCUCGUCUUUGACUCCGACGUCAUCGCCCUCCUCGUCUCUGACUCUGACGUCAUCGUCCUCCUCGUCUCUGACUCCGACGACAUCGUCCACCUCGUCUCUGACUCCGACGACAUCGUCCUCCUCGUCUAUGCCUCUGACGUCAUCGUCCUCCUCGUCUCUGACUCCGACGUCAUCGUCCUCCUCGUCUCUGACUCCGACGACAUUGUCCACCUCGUCUCUGACUCCGACGUCAUCGUCCUCCUCGUCUUUGACUCCGACGUCAUCGCCCUCCUCGUCUCUGACUCCGACGUCAUCGUCCUCCUCGUCUCUGACUCCGACGACAUCGUCCUCCUCGUCUGUGACUCCGACGACAUCGUCCUCCUCGUCUUUGACUCCGACGUCAUCGUCCUCCUCGUCUCUGACUCCGACGACAUCGUCCACCUCGUCUCUGACUCCGACGUCAUCGUCCUCCUCGUCUCUGACUCCGACGACAUCGUCCUCCUCGUCUAUGCCUCUGACGUCAUCGUCCUCCUCGUCUCUGACUCCGACGUCAUCGUCCUCCUCGUCUAUGCCUCCGACGUCAUCGUCCUCCUCGUCUAUGCCUCUGACGUCAUCGUCCUCCUCGUCUCUGACUCCGACGUCAUCGUCCUCCUCGUCUAUGCCUCUGACGUCAUCCUCCUCCUCGUCUCUGACUCCGACGACGUCGUCCACCUCGUCUCUGACUCCGACGUCAUCGUCCUCCUCGUCUCUGACUCCGACGACAUCGUCCACCUCGUCUCUGACUCCGACGUCAUCGUCCUCCUCGUCUUUGACUUCGACGUCAUCGCCCUCCUCGUCUCUGACUCCGACGUCAUCGUCCUCCUCGUCUCUGACUCCGACGUCAUCGUCCUCCUCGUCUCUGACUCCGACGACAUCGUCCUCCUCGUGUUUGACUCCGACGUCAUCGCCCUCCUCGUCUCUGACUCCGACGUCAUCCUCCUCCUCGUCUCUGACUCCGACGACAUCGUCCACCUCGUCUCUGACUCCGACGUCAUCGUCCUCCUCGUCUCUGACUCCGACGACAUCGUCCACCUCGUCUCUGACUCCGACGACAUCGUCCUCCUCGUCUGUGACUCCGACGACAUCGUCCUCCUCGUCUUUGACUCCGACGUCAUCGCCCUCCUCGUCUCUGACUCCGACGUCAUCGUCCUCCUCGUCUCUGACUCCGACGACAUCGUCCUCCUCGUCUGUGACUCCGACGACAUCGUCCUCCUCGUCUUUGACUCCGACGUCAUCGUCCUCCUCGCCCUCCUCGUCUCUGACUCCGACGUCAUCGUCCUCCUCGUCUCUGACUCCGACGACAUCGUCCUCCUCGUCUCUGACUCCGACGUCAUCGUCCUCCUCGUCUCUGACUCCGGCGUCAUCGUCCUCCUCGUCUCUGACUCCGACGACAUCGUCCUUUUCGUCUCUGACUCCAACGACAUCGUCCUCCUCGUCUUUGACUCCGACGUCAUCGCCCUCCUCGUCUCUGACUCUGACGUCAUCGUCCUCCUCGUCUCUGACUCCGACGACAUCGUCCACCUCGUCUCUGACUCCGACGACAUCGUCCUCCUCGUCUAUGCCUCUGACGUCAUCGUCCUCCUCGUCUCUGACUCCGACGUCAUCGUCCUCCUCGUCUCUGACUCCGACGACAUCGUCCACCUCGUCUCUGACUCCGACGUCAUCGUCCUCCUCGUCUUUGACUCCGACGUCAUCGCCCUCCUCGUCUCUGACUCCGACGUCAUCGUCCUCCUCGUCUCUGACUCCGACGACAUCGUCCUCCUCGUCUGUGACUCCGACGACAUCGUCCUCCUCGUCUUUGACUCCGACGUCAUCGUCCUCCUCGUCUCUGACUCCGACAACAUCGUCCACCUCGUCUCUGACUCCGACGUCAUCGUCCUCCUCGUCUCUGACUCCGACGACAUCGUCCUCCUCGUCUAUGCCUCUGACGUCAUCGUCCUCCUCGUCUCUGACUCCGACGUCAUCGUCCUCCUCGUCUAUGCCUCUGACGUCAUCGUCCUCCUCGUCUCUGACUCCGACGUCAUCGUCCUCCUCGUCUCUGACUCCGACGACAUCGUCCACCUCGUCUCUGACUCCGACGUCAUCGUCCUCCUCGUCUUUGACUCCGACGUCAUCGCCCUCCUCGUCUCUGACUCCGACGUCAUCGUCCUCCUCG